AUGCAAAACGAUAGCAAACGAAGUUGGCUUGUGGCUCUCGGGGCAUUCUUUCUUGUUGGAAUCGCGAUUGGAAUAUCAAAUUCCUUUGGUGUUUUGUUCACAAGCUGGACGGGAGAAUUUCAGGAAAACAGAACAAAAAUUGCCUGGAUUGGUUCAUUUCAUUUCAUUUGGUACAUGUGUUUAUGUCCAGCAUGUGGUAUCUUAACUCGGUAUUUCAGUUUUCGACCAGUUGUCGUCCUAGGAAGCACCCUCUUAUGUCUUGGUCUACUACUCAGUUCAUUUGUGAAAGACAUUUCACUGUUCUACCUGACAUAUGGCGUAAUAUUUGGCACUGGGACAUGCUUGUUAUAUAUGUCAAGCAUUAUAGUUUUGCAAUUUUGUUUCCAGAGACAUUUAGCCGCAGCAACUGGGGUAGUAUCCUCCGCAUCUGGAGGUUUUCCAAUGUGCAAAAAACAAAUACCUCGUGAAAAGGGGAAUGGUUUGAACGUCCGAAUAUCGUUUGGUAGAAUGUUGAAAAAUAAAAGAUUCCUAAUUUGGGUGCUUCUAAUGGUAUUUGUCUAUCUUGGACUCUUUGUACCUCAAGUUCACUUGAUAUUGGCAUACCAACUUACGUCAGCGUGUACAACAUUACCUUGA